AUGGUUGCUAACGAUAUUGGCUAUCCUGUUAUGAUCAAAGCUUCUGCUGGUGGUGGUGGAAAAGGUUUGCGUAUUGCAUGGAACGACAAACAAGCUCGCGAUGGUUACAGGCUCUCCAAGCAAGAGGCUAAGUCCUCAUUCGGUGAUGACCGUAUGCUUGUUGAGAAGUUUAUCGAUAACCCAAGGCAUAUUGAGAUGCAGGUCCUUUGCGAUAAGCACGGUCAUGCUAUCUGGCUGAAUGAGCGUGAGUGCUCUAUCCAACGACGUAAUCAGAAAGUAAUUGAAGAGGCCCCAAGUAGCUUUGUACCACCAGACAUGCGUCGUCGUAUGGGAGAACAGGCCACAUCGCUUGCCCUCGCUGUCGGUUACGAUUCUGCAGGAACUGUGGAGUUCUUAGUUGACUCGAAACGAAAUUUCUAUUUCUUGGAAAUGAACACUCGACUUCAGGUAGAGCAUCCAAUCACCGAGUGCAUUACUGGAAUUGAUAUCGUACAGCAAAUGUUACGCGUAGCUUAUGGUCACCCAUUGCCACUUACCCAGGAGCAAGUUCCGUUGAAUGGUUGGGCUUUCGAGAGCAGAGUGUACGCUGAGGUGAGAGCUACGCUUCAGUAA